CUAGCGGCUUGCUAAGCUAGCAACAAGUCAGCGCGGCUUGUACAAAACGUCGUUGACCUCCACACAUCUUAAUGUAAAUGUGUGAACCGGUCUGAGCGAUGUCUGUCUGCACACAAAUCGACAUCUUGAACAUUCACAAUUGUAGUGCGAUGAGUCACUGUUUGUUUUGGAUUUUUGUUGAGCAGUUAAUGAAUGAACUCUCUGUAACCCUUCAAGAUCCACAUCGACAGGCUCCUGUUUGUCCCCAGUAUCUGCUGCCAGCGAUUGUCCACAUCAACCAUCAGCCGCACCUGGAGCGUGGAGAUGGACCAAUAUGUUUGGUUCUUGCUCCGACCAGAGAGCUGGCACAGCAGGUGCAGCAGGUGGCGUUUGACUAUGGCAAGUCCUCACGAAUUAAGAGCACUUGCGUAUAUGGAGGGGCACCGAGGGGGCCACAAAUCCGUGAUCUAGAGAAAGGCGUGGAGAUCUGCAUCGCCACGCCGGGUCGGCUGAUCGACUUCCUCGAAGCGGGAAACACAAACCUGCGCCGCUGCACCUAUCUGGUGCUGGAUGAAGCCGACCGCAUGCUGGACAUGGGAUUCGAACCCCAGAUCCGCAAGAUCGUGGACCAGAUCCGGCCUGACCGACAGACGCUGAUGUGGAGCGCCACCUGGCCCAAAGAAGUGCGGCAGCUGGCCGAGGACUUCCUGAGGGACUAUGUGCAGAUUAAUGUGGGAGCUCUGGAGCUCAGCGCGAACCACAACAUCCUGCAGAUCGUGGACGUCUACACGGACAACGAGAAGGACACCAAGCCGAUCCAGCUGAUGGAGGAGAUCAUGGAAGAGAAAGAGAACAAGACCAUCAUCUUUGUGGAGACCAAGAAACGCUGCGACGACUUGACACGAAGGAUGAGACGAGAUGGGUGGCCUGCGAUGUGUAUCCAUGGUGACAAGUGUCAGCCUGAAAGAGACUGGGUGUCAGAGUUCAGAAGUGGGAAAGCUCCCAUCCUCAUCGCCACCGACGUGGCCUCCCGCGGCCUGGGUCCGUGGCCUCCACUCCGCACACGUUUCCCGACCUCUCCCCCUCUGCUGUCUCUACCUCCCCCACCCCUUAAUCCCAUCCCUGUAUGUAUCUGUGAGUCUUCAUCCUCCUCAUCACCCCAGAAACGCCCUUCUUUCGGGACAAUUUCUUCUGACGGGAUCUCUGCAGUCCUUUUAAUAUUAAGAGCCAAUUUUUAGUGAUAGUAGCUCAAGUCAUACGCUCUUUUCUUUUUUCGCCCUGACAGAGUUAGUUUCAAACCACGAUCCCCCUUCACCUCGUGUCACUAACUGCUUCAACUCCAGCAAUCUUUUCUGGAGAAGGGUCAAACUGGCCCACUAGUUCUCUGUCAGUGAUAGUCAGUUUGCCCUGGUGAUGUCACUCCUAAGGUCGGGUGAGUCUCACAGGAAGCUUCCUCAGGUACUGUCUGUCACCGUCCCACUCUCCACCUCAAAAUCGAGAUUCUCCUCUGUCACGUCUGCGUUCUGACUCCAUCUUCUGACUUCCAGAUGUGGAGGACGUCAAGUUCGUCAUCAACUACGACUACCCCAACUCCUCUGAGGACGACAUCCACCGAAGCCUUGAGUUCUACUUUCCAUCACUCUUGUGUUUAAAAAGUCUGACCCACUUCCUGUUUCCAGUGUUGCUGGCC